AUGGUUAUUACUAAUAAGAAUAACAUUGUAAAGAUACCAGAAUUGGGAAGUUUAGAGAUUUUAGAUCAACUUUACAACUCUAAUCAUAAACAAUUCAGAUUAUUAUCUCUAGAGAAUGAAGGUUAUAAUAAAAAUGUAUAUACACAUUCAUCUACAACACCACAACUUCCAUCAGUUAUUUGGCGUCAUAUUUUAAAUUUUAUAUUGUAUCAUUAUUUACCUGAUAGAUGUCCUGUAUUUUCUGACAAGUUGAAUGAUUCCAAGGAUUCCAAAGAAUGGGCAAGUGAAUUGGCGCUGUUGAUACGAGAUAACAAGUCACUACGAUCAUUGAAUUUGUCAUUCAAUUUAAUGAUGGACGGUGUUGGAGAGAUUGCUCAUGUACUUGCCAAUGACAAUAAUACAUUACAACAUCUCAAUCUGAAUGAAAAUGGAAUUGGAGAGGUUGGAGCUAUGGAACUAUCAAAAAUGAUCGAACGAAACACUGGACUUGAAUCACUGAUUUUAGAUACCAACAGAUUUGGUGAAGGUUCACUCAGACAAAUAAUAUCAUCACUUGAAAUGAACAAACAAAUCAAAAAGAUAUCAUUGGCAAUGGUUGGAAAUAUAGAUGGUCAACAACUAGGACAAUAUAUACAAAACUCACCCAAACUAGAACACCUAAAUCUCAUGGUAAAUGAAUUUGGUAGAUUUGGACAGUGUGUAUUUGAUUCUGUAGUUGAACAUCCAAAUAUCCAAACACUGAAUUUAAGCUACACAAAGAUUAGAAGCUCUGAAUCAAAAGCUGGACUACAAAGAAUGAUUGAACAGAAUCAAAAGAUAACAACUCUAAAUCUCUCCUAUGCUUUUAUCGAUAGUGAUGUCACUGAUAUUAUGAGAGCACUGCUAUUCAAUAAGACAUUGACAUCAAUGGAUCUAUCACUCAAUUCCAUUGAAUCAAUACAAGGUGCAAUCCUAGGUGCCUAUCUUCUCACAAACAAAUCAUUGAUUUCACUUAAUCUAGGUGGAAAUAUACUUGGAACCAGUGGAACAUCACCGAUAUUGAAUGCUCUUCUUUAUAACAAUACAUUAAAGACUCUUAAUCUAAGAAAAAAUCAAAUUAAAGUUUUGGAAGAAAAUGUCAUUUUCCAAGUACUCUCAAAGAAUACUACAUUGACAUCACUUGAUCUCUACCAAAAUUCAUUAUCAACCAACAUUGGCCAUGAAAUUGCAUGUGGUCUAGCAGUAAAUCAUACACUAACAUCGAUCGAUCUAUCAUGUAAUGAAUUUGGUGUAGAGUGUGCCGAUAGUUUCCAACAGUCACUUGUUAACAAUAAUUCACUUCGAUAUAUCAAUUUGAUUGGUAAUGGAUUCGGUCGUCAACCAUCAUUUGCAUUACAUGCAACCUAUAAAAAUAGAUUUGAACAAUUUAAAAUUGAAGAUGGUAAUUCUUCAAAUCCAAAACCAGCAAUAACUUUUGAAAAAUUAACAACAACAACUCUGAACAACAACAACAACAACAACAAUAACAAUUCUUUUCCAAAUGAAUAUUAUCUUGAUUGGUUUGUUUGUAUUUAA